AAGUUUGACUGUUCCACUAAACAGAGGGCGCUUAUGUUUUUCUCAAAGUCUCCAUUUAGGUGUUGGUGGUGAUAUUUUAAUUAGAAAUAUAUCAUUUCACAUACAAAAGAAACAUGGCCAACUACCUUAUGCGCCGGGCGCUGCUAGAUGCAGUCCGCGUACCUGCUGGAACCAGGGCCGUCAGUGAGCUUGCUAAGGUUGGAAAUCGCGAGUGGGUAGGCAGUGGAUAUAAUGGCCAGCCCAACUACGCUGACAGGCCCGACUUCCCUCUGCCGGCUGUUAGAUUCCGCCCGGACACACCUGAUAUCAAGAUCCUCCGUGAAAAAGAAAAGGGAGAUUGGCGCAAACUGACCAUUGAAGAGAAGAAAACUCUAUACCGCGCCUCCUUCUGCCAGACCUUCGCAGAGUUCCAAGCGCCCACUGGAGAGUGGAAGGCGGUUGUCGGCUGGGGCCUCGCCAUCGCUUCCAUCUCUGUAUGGAUCUACAUGGGCAUGAAACUCUUCGUAUACAGUCCUCUGCCCGAUACCCUGAGCGAGGACCGCCAGAAGGCGCAGCUGAAGAGAAUGCUGGACUUGAAGGUCAACCCAGUGGACGGACUCUCGUCCAAAUGGGACUACGAGAACAACCGCUGGAAGUAAACUAGCUCGCUACGGUGUUGUGGUGCUACGAGUGCGGGCGGCGCGUCGCUACCUUCGCCGAUAGAGUAGACAAUGUAAUAUAAGUGAAUAACUAAACUAAACUCUGUAAGAUACGCAAUAAAUGUGAUUCCAAUCA